AUUAGAUCAUGCAUGCCCGAACUUGUCUCUUAACUCAUCGUAUCCUGCGAAGACCAAACUGUCGUGAAGUGACUUACGCACCAGUGGCUGCGUGCGCAGCAUGGUUAUCACCUAUAAGGUUGACGUCGUCUGGCCCUCCACCAGCAACUCCUCCGAAGCCUGGAUCAUUCUCCGAACGUUACAACAAGUUCAUUUCAAGAUGGCCGAGAGUGCAUGCAUUGCAUAGGAUGAUAGUAGAUGGCUCAAGAUGGUGUUUUGCGGAUAUCAAAACCUAUAUACGCAUCAAAUCAGAUCUUUCUUCAAAAAGGAGGAAACUUACAGAUCUGAGCAUGGCUGAACUGGAAGUGCUUGUGCAGAUGCCAAUCGAACUUCCAAACGUUGCGAUAGCCGCUGUGCUCAUCCCCAUUCCUUUUGGAUUUUAUGUGAUUGCCAUUGCUAUUAUAUUUUUUCCUCGACUGGUGCUUACGCGUCAUUUUUGGUCUGAUGCUCAGAGAAAGAAAUACUUCCAAAUUGAUGUCACUCGAUCAAUGAAGAACUCAGAUCUUUUGAUGCAAGUUCUAGGAAAGCCUGCAACAAUAGAAGACGUGCAUUUACCAAAAGUGGAGGAUUUGAAAUAUGGAACUUUGAUAGGAUUGUCAUCAGUGCAUGCAUUGUACCCCUUACCUGGAAUUCGACGACGAUUUCGUUUGAGGUGCGAUGCAUUGCGACGCUUAGAUGAAGUUGUCGCAAAGGAGCUUGACAAUCUCACGGCUCGACAGCUUCAAUUUCAUCUUUUCAUUCGACGACUCAAUAAUACAGAUGGGACAUCGGGAAUGCGGGAAAUUCUCAGGAAUUGGUUGAAAUUCUCAAAAGAUCUGGAUGAUUCUGCUUAUCUCUAUAGGUGGACUUAUCUAAUAGGCGGACUUAUUGGGUUUCCCAUAGGGACGACAUUCGAUGGCAAUCCUCAGUUGUCAACAUCGCUGGCCCAUGAUCUGAUGGGAAGCAAUUGGGUGUUUCUUUUCUUCGUUAUCUGA